AUGGCAAUGAAGUACUUCUUGUUUUUGGCUGCUGCUACUGCUGGCUUCGGACCUGUUUUGGCCCGAAAAGUAAAACCAGAAAAACUAUACAACAAAAUUGUCACUGAAUUGCCAGCUAUACAAGAAGAAAUUGUUAAUCUUCACAACACCCUCAGGAGAGGAGUAGUUCCAUCAGCCAGCAACAUGCUGAAGAUGAGUUGGAGCAAAGAGGCUGAACAAAAUGCCAGAAUCUUUUCAAGGUAUUGUGAUAUGUCAGAGAGCAACCCACUUGAGAGGAGGCUUAACAAUACCUUUUGUGGAGAAAAUAUGCAUUUAACAUCUUAUCCUUUCGCAUGGACACAUAUAAUUGGAAUCUGGUACAAUGAGUCUAAAUAUUUCAAAUAUGGGGAAUGGACAUCAACAGAUGACAACAUAACAACUGACCAUUACACUCAGGUUGUUUGGGCUACUUCUUACCUCAUUGGCUGUGCUGUUGCAUCAUGCCGUGAAAAAAGUUUGCCUCGAUAUCUAUAUGUUUGUCAUUAUUGUCAUGAGGGAAAUGAAUAUUACACAAAAAAUCUACCUUAUAAGACAGGCGCCCCAUGUGAAGAAUGUCCAAAUAACUGUGAAGAUAAACUUUGUACUAACCCCUGUGUCUACUAUGAUGAACUCAUCAAUUGUACACAGCAGGCCGGAUAUCUUGGAUGCAAACACCCAUCAGUUAAACUGCUCUGCAAAGCUACUUGUCUGUGUGACACUGAAAUAAAAUAA